UUCUUCUCUUGCUUUGUGCUAUAUAAAUAAGAGGAAAAGGUUCUACAGUCUUUAGUGUUUGCACUUACAAAUGGGACGAUCACCAUGCUGCGACAAGGUGGGUUUAAAGAAAGGACCAUGGACUCCUGAGGAAGAUCAAAAGCUCUUAGCUUAUAUUGAAGAACAUGGUCAUGGAAGCUGGCGUGCCUUGCCAGCAAAAGCUGGACUUCAGAGAUGUGGCAAGAGCUGCAGACUAAGAUGGACCAAUUAUCUUAGGCCUGAUAUUAAGAGGGGAAAGUUCAGUUUGCAAGAAGAGCAAACCAUCAUUCAACUCCACGCUCUCUUAGGGAACAGGUGGUCGGCAAUAGCCACACACUUACCAAAGAGAACGGAUAAUGAGAUCAAGAACUAUUGGAACACACAUCUUAAGAAAAGGUUAACAAAAAUGGGGAUUGACCCAGUGACACACAAGCCAAAAAAUGAUGCUCUUCUCUCUAGUGAUGGUCAAUCCAAAACCGCUGCAAACCUUAGCCACAUGGCUCAGUGGGAAAGUGCACGCCUUGAAGCUGAAGCAAGACUAGUAAGAGAAUCAAAACUACGUUCACAUUCACUUCAACAACAACUUGGAAGUUCUUCUACUACAUUUGCAUCUUCAUCAUCAACAUUUGCAUCCACAUCAUCUGCAUCAACUUCAGCUUCAGUUCUUAAUAAUAACAACAAACAAGAACCACCACCACCAUCAUCACAUGUUCCUUCACGUUCUUCCCUUGAUGUGCUCAAGGCUUGGAAUAACGGAGGGUGGUUAAAGUCAAGUGAAGGAAAUGGUGGCAUUGGAAGCACUGUUGGGAUAAGUGGGGACCUUGAAUCUCCUACAUCUACUCUCUCUUUCUCUGAGAAUGCACCACCAACUAUGACAAGUGGUGGAAUUGGAGGAGAAAAUAAUAACAAUAGUAGUAAUAAUAAUAAUAAUGCAGUGCCUAUGAUUGAGUUUGUGGGGAGUUCAGGUAAUUCUUCUUCUCUUGUGAAGGAAGAAGGUGAGCAAGAGUGGAAAGGUUAUGAAAGUUCAAUGAGUACUUUUAGCUCUGGUUUGCACGAGUUAACUAUGUCCAUGGAAGGCGCAUGGGCCUCUGAGUCUCUUAGGGCUAGUGGCUCACAUGAAGAUGUCAUUGUUGAAGAAGGGUUCACCAAUCUUUUGCUUAAAACACACUCCGAUGACCGGAGUUUGUCGUCGGAGGGUGGUGGAGAGUCUAAUAACGGUGAUGGUGGUGGCAGUGGCAGCGAUUUCUAUGAAGAUAACAAUAACUAUUGGAACAGCAUUCUUAAUUUAGUGAAUUCCUCCCCUUCAGAUUCCCCAAUGUUUUGAUGUUGGAGAGGUAAUGGAUCUUCUCAUGUUGAAUGUUUACAUGAUUUUGUCGCGUUAAAAAUUUAUGUUUAUCUCUUUUUUAUAUAAAUUUUCAUAAUUUUUUUAUAAGGCUAAAGUAUUUUAAGAUCCAAAAAAAGAGAUAAACAUAAUUUUUUCGUGACAAAGUCAUGUGAAUAUCAAACAUGAGAGGGUUUAUUGGCGUGUUUGGAAGGUGAAGGUGUGUGAGACACAUAUAGGCAGCAUAUUCCUCAAACUCAAACCAAGGUUCAAGAUUUUCUUCCCAUCAUCACCAUAAAAAGCGAACAUGCUCACAGAAACAUGUGGAGUUUCCAUAUAGUAGUUUUUGUUGAUGCUUUAACAGAGACUUUUUUUGGUUUUUUGUUUUCCUUGGAAGUGUGUGUUAUUGUAAUUCUCUGAUAGCAAUAUCGGGUACUACUCUUCUUCUGUGGAAAAACAGUUCUCUGGUUGGUCGCUUCCACCAUCAAAUGUUCAUAUCAAUUUGUUUGGAUUUGACUUGAUAUAAUAUAUUUCUGUUAAUUUCUAAAGUCUAUGGAUUUUUCUAAGUAAAGGAUAUGUUUGGAUAUCGCUGAUAAUAGACAAGAAUGUGUGCGAAUUGAAUGUCUUUUACCCCUCAAAGUAAUUUUUUUCUUGUGUUCACACUGUACAUAGAAAACUCAAUAAAGGAAACAUUUAG